GCCCCGGUGGCGGCCAAGGACGGGCUUUAGAACCGAGUUUAUCCCCUGUGCCAGGCGGCCUAUGGGCCUGUGAGGUGAAAGCGGCCGGGCCUGCCCUGAGUGCCCCUGUGUUCUGCCCAGCCCCAGUGCCACCCCCGUGCCAGGCACUCGAGCACCAUCCUCAGCCCUUAGCAGGGGAGGAGCAACAAAGGCUCAGGCAGCGCCUGGGCCGCUGAUUUUCCCCUGUCAGGAAUGAAACUCAUCCCAGCGAAGAGCUGCAUUAUAAAGCGCUACUGUGAGAAGAGGUUCGUUCCCAAGUACCUGGCGACCAUUGGCAUCGACUACGGCGUCACCAAGGUGCAGAUCAGGGACCGGGAGAUCAAGGUGAACAUCUUUGACAUGGCCGGGCACCCCUUCUUCUACGAGGUGAGGAACGAGUUCUACAAGGACACGCAGGGGGUCAUCCUGGUCUACGAUGUGGGGCAGAAGGAUUCCUUUGACGCGCUGGAUGGCUGGCUCGCCGAGAUGAAGCAGGAGCUGGGUCCCCAUGGGAACAUGGAGAACGUCGUCUUCGUUGUCUGCGCCAACAAGAUCGACUGCACCAAGCACCGCAGCGUGGACGAAAGCGAGGGGCGGCUCUGGGCGGAAAGCCGCGGCUUCCUUUAUUUCGAGACUUCGGCRCAGACGGGAGAAGGCAUCAACGAGAUGUUCCAGACCUUCUACUCGGCCAUCAUCGACCUGUGUGACAACGGUGGGAAGCGGCCCCCGUCCAGCGUGGCCGUUGGCUUCACCAAGGAGCAGGCGGAUGCCAUCCGCAGGAUCCGCAACAGCAAGGACAGCUGGGACAUGCUGGGCGUCAAACCCGGGGCCACGAGGGACGAGGUGAACAAAGCCUACAGGAAGCUGGCCGUGCUGCUGCACCCCGACAAGUGCGUGGCGCCGGGCAGCGAGGACGCCUUCAAAGCCGUGGUGAACGCCCGCACCGCCCUGCUCAAGAACAUCAAGUAGGGGCCAAGGGGCUGCCCCCGCUGGACGCCUUCCCGCCAGCUCCCCGGCAGCCGCGUGUCCGCAGGGAAGCCCUUUUCCCCUCCGCACUCCUGGAUYGGAUGUGGAUGCUCCGAGCACUGGCGCUGCCCGCUGGGCCACAUCCGAGCGUGGUCCCCUUGGCAUGUGGCCCCACGAGCACAGAGGAGGAGAGAGGGACCUCGGGUCGUGGUUAGCAGAAGCAGCGCUGAGAGCAGCAGGUUUCCUGCCUUCCCGGCCACCUUUUCCUUCCUGGGAUGCGGAUGGCUGGAGUGAGAGCCACGUGUGACCCCAAAUGCCGCCCUUGCUGUGCCCCCCUUGCUGGGGCUGCCUCGGGGCUCCCCCAAGCACCCCCUCUUGCCAGAGGCCUCGUCGCCAGCCACACCUGCCCCUUGCUUUCCUUGCAUCCGUUGGGAAUGAGUGAAGGGACCUGGGCCAAGCCUCAUCCCAAGGCCGAGUGUCCCGUUCCUCCCUGGCCGGUGCCCUUCCUCCUGGGGCUGCCGCGGUGCUGAGAACGGUCCCACCUCCUGAUCCCAGCAUGGAGCCUCCUACGGCUGCCUCCUCCCGUGUCCCCGAGCCACGCAGGGCACGGAGGGUCCCGGGGGCUGCCCCUGCUCUCCUGGCCYUCCGCUCGCCCUGUAUCGCCCUGCUUUGCAGGUGGGGUCCCUCUCUGCCUCCCCAGUCAGCAGCUGGGGCCGGCUGGCUCCAUCCCAACACACAGUCCCAGUUUUCUCUGCAUGUUCAUGCUGGGYGCCCCAAGAAGGAGAUGCGGAGGGUUGAGACUUGGCUGUCGCGCUGCUGAGGGAGGGCAGAGGUCCGGGCYCCUGGAGAGCAAACAGGAGGCGCCUUUAGCGCCCACAGUUUCAGCAGCCCCCCCUUUAUUUAUUUACUGCUGUGCACUUGGCAAGAAAGACACCACGUCAUGAAGUGAAAGGCRCUGAGUGUAUUUUCGUGUGCUGCAUGAGGACACUAAGUUAUAGAAAGCCACCGAGUGCAUGUGCRUGGCCCCGAGCCCUGUCCCAAGCGCAUCCCGUUCAGGAGCGUUUUCUCCCAUGCUCAGUGCAAUUUUCUUUCACUCCAGGGCAGCUUUUCUGUAUGGCCUUUUCCAAACCUUUUGGGAAUCAACACCCAACACCCCCUUUUUGGCAGCAAACGCCAAGCAAGAGUUUGGAAGGCAGCAUCAUUUGCUGGCUCAGGUGCCAGGGUGCUGGGAGGCACCUCUUGCUUCUCCACCGGAGAAACAUCCGAAGGGAGACGUUGCUCCAAAAGGUUCAUAUUUAAAAUAGUUUUAUUUUAUCCUGCCCCGGAUGUUUUCAGAGCUGGGCUGGGGCAUGUGAGCGGACGUGGGAGCUGCAGCGAGUCCCGCUGAGUCCCGGCUGCUCCUGGAGGCUCCGGAGCUUCUGGAAACCUCCCCGCUUGCCUAGCGAAGGAAACCGCCCGCUCCCGCCUUCAAAGCCCUUUUCCUGCACUUUGUUUUUCCGUGGAGGAGGGUGAAUAAUCCCGCUGCUGAAUGGUGCRCUUGACUUGGAGGGAGAGGCCUUGGCUUCGAGGCCUCCUGGGUUCCUGUCGGCUCUCCAGGACGCCUGGGCCCUUCCUGGCCGCUCCUUGCAGAAAAGCUGUUUGCUGCUCAGGUGGCUCCGCGUGCCGGGCCRGGCUUUUCUCCCGCCUGUUUACAGAGCUCCUAGGAUGUGCAGACAUGACUGUGUCACGUCCAGCAAAGCCAGCGACCUUCUGAGC